UUCUGCCCUUUGUAUCAUCAGGAGCUCCCCUGUGUUGGAGACUAUGAGAUUUCUGAUGUAUGAUAAUGAAAAACUGCCUGUUCAACAAACUGCCACCAACUUUCUUGAUCUGGAAGGCUACCCAGAUAUGAAGAUGGAUCAUCUUGAGACGUUGGAGAUAUAUGACUUCAGUAACUUACGUCUUGAGACUGAAUUUGUGAAACUCAUUAUGGCCAAAUCACCUGUGCUAAAGAAAGUUCUAAUUGAGCUUGAUGACAAUGUUUCCGUUGAUGAAGAACUGAAGAUGCUAAGAGAGAUGGUUUUAAACCCAAUUCCGCGGGCAUCACCUUCUGCAAAGUUAACCAUUGUACGCCCAGAAACUUCUUAAUGAAGGCGGUUAUUUCAAUGACGCUAGUUAAUUUCCUUAGUUCUUUUGAUGACGAUGCCAGUUAUUUUU